AUGACCACAACACCUCCGAUGCGCCCGCUGACGGCGACCGAGAUGGCGGCUGUCCGCGCCGAGUUCCCGUCGUUCAACGUGCCCAACCAGAGUGUCUUCUUUGACAACGCCGGCGGCGGCCAAGUCCUCAAGCGCGUGGCCGACAAGGUGUACGAGUACCUCACGUCGACAAGUGUCCAGAUCGGCGGGACGUACGCGACCGCCAAGGCCGCCAACGCGCGCGUUCUGACCGCGCGCAAGGCCGUCGCCGAGUUUAUCAAUGCGCCCAACGACGAGGAGGUCAUCAUGGGCAGCUCGACCACGAGCCUUGUGUUCCUCUUCAUCCAAGCGCUGCUCCCGAGCAUCCGCGAAGGCGACGAGAUCAUCUUGACCAACUCGGAGCACGAAGCCAACGUCGGCGCGUGGAAGCGUCUCGCCAAGGCCGGUGCGGUCAUCAAAGUCUGGGAGAUCAACCCGGCGAGCAUGCACCUCGAGCUUGCGCAGCUUGACGCACUCUUGACGGCCAAGACGAAAUGGGUCGCAAUGACGCAUGCGUCCAACAUCCUCGGUACGGUCAACCCCGUGAAGGCUGUCGCGGACCGCGUUCAUGCUGUCGGCGGCCGUCUCUCGGUGGACGCCGUUGCGUACGCGCCGCAUCGCCUUGUCGACGUGCAAGCGAGCGGCGCCGACAUUUACGUCUUUAGCUUUUACAAGGUCUUUGGCCCGCACUACGCCGUCAUGUGGGGCCACCGCGACUUUCUCAUCUCGCUCUCGAGUCUCAACCACGAGUUCAUUGCGGCCGACGACCUUCCGUACAAGCUCCAGCCCGGCAACGUCAACUUCGAGCUCUCGCAUGGCUGCAGCGCGAUCCCAGAGUACUUUCAGGCCAUGGGCAAGCUCCUCGGCGCGCCCAGCGGCGCCUCGAACCGCGCCCUGAUGCAGCACGCGUUUGACCGCUUUGACAUGCACGAGCGGUACCUCUCGGAGCGCCUCCUUUCGUACCUUCGGUCGCAGCCCAAGGUCAAGGUGCUCGGUCUCUCGGAGGUCGCCAUGACAUCGCCCGUUGAUCAUCUCUACCGUGAACGCAUUGCCACGAUCAGCUUCCUCGUCGACGGCGUCGCGUCACCGUCCAUUGUCGCGCACAUGGACCGCGUCAACAUUGGUGUGCGGUUUGGCCACUUUUACGCCGUCCACCUCGUCGAGCCGCUCGGCAUGGCCAAGCACGGUGGCGCGGUCCGCGUCUCGAUGGCCCACUACAACACGGUCGAGGAAGUCGACUUGCUCAUCUCGCACCUCCGCACAUUGAUUGUGUAG